CCAGCGGCUGGAGGCGGCAGGUCCGGGCGGGGCCGCGCCACGGAGCUCACAUCCCAGCACGCCCGCCCCGCCGCCGCCGCGCCCCGCGGGACGAGCGGUCGAGUAGAGCUGGGGGACCAGUCGCCAGCGGCGCGGGGCGCGAAGUUGGGUGCGCGCGGGCCUCGGAGCGGGGGUGCGGCGGAACCGGGAGCCGCCCGCGUCUAGAGCCGGAUCGGUGCGCCAUGGAGCUCCGGGGCCCCAGGGCGCCGCUGCUGCUGUUGCUGCUCCUGCUCCUGGGGACCGGCCUCCUGCCCGUGAGCAGUCCUGCAGAGACCCGGGCCCACGCGGAGGAGCGGCUCCUGAAGGCACUCUUCUCUGGCUACAACAAGUGGUCCCGCCCAGUGGCCAACAUCUCAGAUGUGGUCCUGGUCCGCUUCGGCCUGUCCAUUGCCCAGCUCAUUGACGUGGACGAGAAGAACCAGAUGAUGACCACAAACGUGUGGGUGAAGCAGGAGUGGCGUGACUACAAGCUGCGCUGGGACCCCGGGGACUACGAGAACGUCACCUCCAUCCGCAUCCCCUCUGAGCUCAUCUGGCGGCCGGACAUCGUCCUCUACAACAAUGCGGAUGGGGACUUUGCGGUCACCCACCUCACCAAGGCCCACCUGUUCCACGACGGGCGGGUGCAGUGGACGCCUCCAGCCAUCUACAAGAGCUCCUGCAGCAUCGACGUCACCUUCUUCCCCUUCGACCAGCAGAACUGCACCAUGAAGUUCGGGUCCUGGACCUACGACAAGGCCAAGAUCGACCUGGUGAGCAUGCACAGCCGCGUAGACCAGCUGGACUUCUGGGAGAGCGGGGAGUGGGUCAUCGUGGACGCGGUGGGCACCUACAACACCCGGAAGUACGAGUGCUGCGCGGAGGUCUACCCCGACAUCACCUACGCCUUCGUCAUCCGCCGGCUGCCGCUCUUCUACACCAUCAACCUCAUCAUCCCCUGCCUGCUCAUCUCCUGCCUCACCGUGCUGGUCUUCUACCUGCCCUCCGACUGUGGCGAGAAGGUCACGCUCUGCAUCUCCGUGCUGCUCUCGCUGACCGUCUUCCUGCUGCUCAUCACCGAGAUCAUCCCGUCCACCUCGCUGGUCAUCCCGCUCAUCGGCGAGUACCUGCUCUUCACCAUGAUCUUCGUCACGCUGUCCAUCGUCAUCACCGUCUUCGUGCUCAACGUGCACCACCGCUCCCCCCGCACCCACAGCAUGCCCGCCUGGGUGCGCAGGGUCUUCCUGGACAUCGUGCCCCGCCUGCUCUUCAUGAAGCGGCCAUCUGUGGUCAAGGACAACUGCCGGCGGCUCAUCGAGUCCAUGCACAAGAUAGCCAGUGCCCCGCGAUUCUGGCCUGAGCCCGAGGGGGAGCCCAGCAUCCUGAGUGGUGCGCGCAGCCAGGGACCGUCGCCUACUCUGUCCUUCUGCGUCCCCCUGGACACACCUGAACCCCAGCCUGCCUGCAAGUCACCCUCCAACCAGGUUCCUGCUCUGCAGCCCUCAGAGGCCGAGAAGGCCAGUCCCUGCCCCUCCCCAGCCCCCUGUUGCCCACCCAACAGCACAGGGGCCCCAGGGCUCACCAAAGCCAGGUCCUUGAGCGUCCAGCACAUGUCCGGCCCCCAUGAAGCAGAGGAGGGCGGCAUCCGGUGCCGGUCUCGGAGCAUCCAGUACUGCGUUCCUCGAGACCGUGCAGCCUCCCAGGCUGAUGGCCAGACGGCUGGCUCCCUGGCCUCCCUGAAGGCCCGCUCGGCUGAGCUCCCUCCCCCAGACCAGCUCUCUCCAUGCAAAUGCACGUGCAAGAAGGAGCCCUCCGUGGUGUCCCCAGUCACCGUGCUCAAGGCCCGCAGCACUGCAGUGCCACCCCGGCACCUGCCCCUGUCACCAGCCCUGACUCGGGCAGUUGAGGGUGUCCAGUACAUCGCUGACCACCUGAAGGCAGAAGACACGGAUUUCUCGGUGAGGGAGGACUGGAAGUACGUGGCCAUGGUCAUCGACCGGAUCUUCCUUUGGAUGUUCGUCAUCGUCUGCCUGCUGGGCACUGUGGGCCUCUUCCUGCCACCUUGGCUGGCUGGCAUGAUCUAGCAAUGAAGCCAGAGAGGCUGGGGCUCCUGCAGGAAGUGUGCAGUUGGGCCUGCUCUUCCCUGGUCCCCCUGCUUUGUGGGGCUACUCUGGUUGUCACUUGUACCCCAUCUCCUGUCCCUGUCGUAAGAUGGCUUGGAGACAUGGCCUCCUGGGGAGCCAGAAGCCUGGGUGCUGGCUCUGGUCAGGAGGUCCUGGGGCAGGGGCUGGCACGUGGUUGUUCCAUCCACAGGACAGCGUCAUGGCUGAGCCCUGUGAAUGCAGUCUGACAUGGCAACCUCCUGACCUGCACACUGCACAGGUGUGUCUGCAUCUCAGCAGGUGGCAAGCAUCCCACCUGCCCACAGGGCCAUGAGGCUUCGUCCCCUUUUAGUCCCAGUGGCCCCAGGCCUGUGGGGCCUGGCAGCCAGGCCUCUCCCCGCUGCACCUCCCUGGCGGCUCCCUGCCACCCGGGACCCAGGCCUGCCACCAGCCAGUCCAGGCAGAGCGGAUACUCGGUCUUGUGCCCACAGGGGCCCCAGCAGACGGCAUCGUGCCUGUCUGUGUGUUAGAGAGAACCCGGCGCCACACUGGGAGGCCUCAGUGCCACUGGGAGGGGUGUCAGGUGCAGCCCCCACAGUGAGAGACCCUCGGGCCAGGAAUUCAGCUGUCCCCCUGCUGGGGUCUUGGGGUCUGGUGAGUGCUUCCCAGGGGCCCAGCAACCCCAAGCCCUAGAGGGCACUUGUGUUUGGGGAUUUUCCAGACCGUGAGGGACCCGAGCAGUGUCCAGGUCACUGGCCCAUGCCCCCUGGGUUCUUCCCCAGCACCUUGAGGGUUUCUGCCUGUGUGCACAGCCCAGGAGGCCCUCUGAGAUCCAGUAGGUAGGAAGGGCCUCCCAUCGUAGUUGCUCUGGUGAGGCCACCCCAAACUCUGCUCGCCCUAAAAACUGGACCCUUGGGCUAGUGGGUCCAGGAGAAAGGCCCUGAGCCAUGCAGUGGGCUCCCUGACAGGCCAGGGGCCUUCUGACUGAUCCUCUGGGGUGGUCACUGGCCAAGUAGGGCCUAGCCAGCUAUCUACCUUGCCCCAGUGCUAGUGGGGGAGCUGAGACAUUGCUCCUGCAAAACAGGUGCCUGAGCAGGUGAAGGCAGCGUGCUCCCAACAGGUGCCUGAGCAGGCCAAGGCAGCGUGCUCCCAACAGGUGCCUGAGCAGGCCAAGGCAGCGUGCUCCCAACAGGUGCCUGAGCAGGCCAAGGCAGCGUGCUCCCUGCCCCGGGUGCACCUUUUGUGGGGAGAGGCAUCCACGGUGAAGGCAUCUUCCCGAGAGCCAUCCUGGUCCCCCCAAGGCAUGCACUGCUAGUGGGCAGCCCUGUGCCCUCAGCCAUCGUGUCCCUGGAUCUCAGAGCUGAUUCCCUGGGGCUUCCUGUGGGAGGUACCUGAGACUGAGCGGGCAGUUGGGGGGCACUAGACCACACACCAUGCAGUGGACACAGCUGCUGCCGCCGUGGUGCCACCUUCUGGUCCUCACUGGAAAGCUCUGGAAAGAGCAUCAGGAUGGGGGAUGUGGCGUCACCCCACCCCCAGACCCAGGCAAACACCUCUGAACACAGGGCUACUGGCCAUCCCAUGCCAGUGCCUGUGGAAGGGGACCUUAGUUGAGGCUCCAGAGUGGCCUAAGUGCCAGUCCUGGGCCUCUUGGUUCACCCAGUGUCCCAGGGAGUGGGACCCCACCUGCCAACCUGGGUCUGCCAUUCCCUGGUGCCUCACACCCUCAGCUGGAGCCCCAGGAUGGCGGGAGAUAUCCCAGGCAGCUAGUUCGUGCAGGGACAGGGGGACAGGCCUUGGAGGGCGGUGGUGGGUGAGGAGCCCAGAGGGGAGCCUCAGGACAUGCAUCACAUAAGCAGAUGCACUGCCAGGCGUCUGGGCAGCUGCAGAGCCUCUGGGCAGGGCAGCAAGAAGUGAGUAUCUGGGACACUCCUGCCACCCAGCGAGUCCAGGAAAGAAUGCCCUGGCCCGUCCCCGCAGAGCUGAUUGAGACUCCAUGCAGCACGCCUGCCUCCAGUGUUGACUUGUGACUGGCGUAAGGUCUGCUCCUGGCAAGCACAUGGUCCCAGGCCCUCGAUGGCCACCACCCUGCAGCCCGACUUGGCUUCUCUGCCUAGUUGGGGUGUUGCCCACCAGGGUGUCCUGUGCUCACUGCCGGGGUCUGUGGGUUGUUAGUGGCUGAGCCGUGUUCUGUCUGAAUAAACGGAGCCUGUUUCCGGC